AUGAUUAGUCCUAAACUGAUUGAGUUGCAGCAUUUACAAUAUUUGCACCUUGCAUCCAUUGAUUUCAAUGGGAACCAAAUUCCUGAUUUCAUUGGUUCUCUAACCAAUCUAAGAAACCUCAGUCUCAGUUCCUGUAAUUUGGCUGGUCAAAUUCCAAGUUCGUUUGGAAACCUCACGCAAUUGCAACAUCUCGACCUCAGCUAUAAUUAUCAGCUUCAACCAGAAAAUCUCAAUUGGCUCCCUGCUCUUUCUUCUUUAACGUAUUUGGACCUUUCAUUGACUAAUUUCAAUGGGAGCCAAAUUCCAGAUUUCAUUGGUUCUCUAACCAAUCUAAGAAACCUCAGUCUCAGUUCCUGUAAUUUGGUUGGUCGAAUUCUAAGUUCGUUUGGAAACCUCACGCAAUUGCAACAUCUCGACCUCAGCGAUAAUCAGCUUCAACCAGAAAAUCUCAAUUGGCUCCCUGCUCUUUCUUCUUUAACGGAUUUGGACCUUGGCGGAAACUUCGAUGGGAGCCAAUUCCCGAUUUCAUUGGUUCUCUAA